UGGAGUACAAUGGACGGGCCCCUACAUUCAAUCAAGAUUGAUCCUCAUUCUGCUUGAAGCGAGCAGACCAAAACCAUCAGCUCAAGGAAAGAAUCGGGGACCCGGCAAGUGCCGCUUACUGUCUUAGUCUAAAUGCAGCUACUGGUCGGGCGGUUCCUCUACCUUAACUCUGAUGGCAGAAAAGAGAGAACUCGACAGUAGUUCUGCAGAACAUUCACUCGCAAAACGAAUAAAACUAGCCAGGCCGGUCCUUCGAAAUUACAAGGCUCUUCUCGAAGAGGUCAAUAUGUUUGGUCUAGGAUCUCUGGGACUCCUAUUGGGUGAAGAAGAUGACGACUCAGAGGAACCCAGCAAAGAUGACAUUGCAGAAAUAAUCAAUGCUUGGAAGAGGCCACAAAAAGUGCAACGUUCGUUCACAUUCUCCGAACUACCUCUGUAUGUAUUGCAGAAUCGUUUGGGUGUUCGAACGAGCGGUCGUAAUUGGAUCAAGAGUCGGAUGGAGCUACGCCAGGGCUCCAAGUAUUAUUCCGUUGACCUCGAGCCCUUAUACCAAGAACUCGAAGCCAUAUAUGUGUCGUCCAACUUUUAUAACCAGGUUGCAUCUCGUUCGGUUGUCAAUGCCUACCUCUCAUUCGUCUCCACAACCAUGAAAAAAGAGCGAGAAGCCAGCAUCAAGGCUGCUAUCAAAGCUAGAAUCGAAGCUAGUCCCAGUUUCGAUAUCACACCACUCAUUCCACCCCUCGAGUCUGACGAUCAAGUACUGUCGUCUUUUCUGGAGGCCCCAGAAGGCGCAAACUCACCUUCGACGCUUGCCGAGUUCAGCAUCGAUGAUAAAGUAAACCUUGUAUGGUGGGGAAACCGGCUCCUGGCAGGCAAUACGAUUACAGCCUUGGAAGGCGUCAAGGAUCUAUGGAAUCUUUAUCUGUAUCCAGAGAUAGACAUCGACUCUGCUGUCUUCAAAGAUGCAUCUCAGGACGGCCAGAGACUGACCCUGUCUGGGGUUAUCGAUUAUGGAAUGCUGGUAUUCAAGACAUGGGAUAUAAAUGGUGUCUAUUUUGCCGGUCCAGAGCAGGUCGUCAAUGGGUCCUUGAAGGUCGGAGAGCUUAGCCUUCUCUAUGUCGAAACCAAAAUCGAAAACACGGGUAGUAUACGAUUUCUAUACAAUGAACCGCUGACCGAAGCAUCAGCCCAAGCGCUCGCUCUGAGCACUCUGUCCAACCGGCCAAACAUACGAUUCAUUGUGACAAACUCGUCCAAUUGGAUGUUGGCUCAUCUGCGUAACGGACCGAGCCCCGAGAUUGUAUACAUGCCUCCUAACAUGAUCCUCAAAUCUCAACAUCCCUUUGAGAGGUCGUAUGGAUCCGUGCAGGAGCGGGAGUAUCAUGUGCAGCUUUGGCGGACAGCGGUGCGGGAAAUUUUUAUGACGUUGAUGGAAUGGUUGUUGCCGGAGAGUGAUUCAUUGAUCAAGUCUCCGCCACCACUGUCAGCAUAGGUAGCUGUUCGACCAGCCUGAGACUUAUACUGCGAUGCACGCGCGCACUAACCAUCCAUCGACUAACUCUAAGUUGGCCAUCUCCGGAUACGUUCGUUGAUGCAUGUACAUUAUGACGCCGAGAGUCCAAUUUCAGAUCAUAUUUUCCUUG